CAGCCAGUGAGACUGGCAUGACAUUUUGCGCCGGUGCUGGUGCUCAGAGUGCCUAUCUGUCGGAGGAGUAGGAUGAUGUUCCAUUCCCUGUGCACCCUCUUGGCAGUGAAGUCGAGUGCAUUUCCGGCAGUUGAACUCGCAACUAAGAGCUCAUUGAAGUUAAGCUUGCCGGCUGGGCAAAAGUUUGAUUUGGACCCCUUUUGGCUGCGGGAGCGUUGCCUCUCCCCAGCCUAUGUGGACGUGAACACUAAGCAGCCUUUAUGGAUGCCUCAUGAGAUGCCGAAGGACAUUUUCUUUCAGAAUGCCAGCAUCAUUGGCGGCGACACCCUGCAGGUGGGCUUCACUGAUGGCCACACCUCUCACUUUGACCUUGAGCACUUAUCAAAGGAACUCACAGACUUCAGGCACACAGUCAUUCAGCCUGCAGCCUAUGCACGUCCAGAGCCCAUCUUGUGGUCGGAAGGAAACGCGACUGAAGCUGGUCAGUGAUUUGCUGAUUCUGGGGGCUGCCAUCAUAAAGGGUGUGCCCAAGGAGCAAGGCUUGUGCGAAAGGUUUGCCAAGAACCUGAGCACCCUGAGGGACACAGAGUGGGGUUCCUGGUUCGACAUCCGAACGAAGCCAACUACGAAGAUGCGAGAUUUGGCCUUUACGCCUCGGGGCAUCGGAUUUCACACGGACCAGACUUGGCGGGACCCAACACCAGACUUCCAGCUCUUGCACGCAUUGGAGCAUUGCAGUUGUCCUGGCGAGGCUCCUUGCGAAGAGUGCUCCGUCAUGAACUCUUUAGCGGAUGGCUAUUGGAUUGCAGAGCAGCUGCGGCGAGAGAAUCUGGAUUACUAUGACGUUCUCAGCAGCGUCUCGGUGCGGUUUGAGAACCAUGGUGGUGACAACGAAAGCGCUUUGGUUUACAUCUCACCGCACCUGGAGUUGGAUUUGACGCCUUCCGAGGAUGGGAAGAAGGCCUUGAAGGCGGUCCGCUUCUCUGUGAAGAGUGGACAGUAUGCUCCUCCAAUGGAUGCCCGAACAAGUGCAAAAUUCUUCCAGGCCCGGCGGCGCUUCUACGAGUUAAUGUAUGAGCCACAGCAUCAUGCAAAGGUGCAGCUGAAAGCGGGCGAGAUGGUGGCAUUUGACAACCGCCGGAUUCUUCAUUCCCGGACCCAGAUCUUACCUACUGACGGGGAGCGCUGGAUGCAAGGUACCUACUUUGACCGAGAUGGUUUGUGGUUGACCUUCGAGCGAUUGCGAAGAAGAGUUGCCAAGUCCGUUGUGCAUUAGGAGCACCUGGCCAUGAUGGUGCACCUUCGCAUUCCCCAGACCUCGAGAGGACGGGUCUUUGACCGAUCUAUUUGACACAUCUCACGCAGUCCAGAGUGUUGCGUCAAUUGUCUCACCUAAAGGGAUGAGAUGGUUGAAACGCAUAUUAUUUUCAUGUGCACGUGCAGAAUUUCUGCAAGCUUUCGCCGGAACUUUGUCUUGAAGGAGCAAUGCAGCUUUUCACACAGGUGGACAGCUGCAGCUCCAGCGAUAAUGACUGCCGCACGCUUUUGCGUGGCAGAACAUUGCAGCCAUGGCACACUAUGCAGCUUUGACCUGAGCAGUGAAUUCACUCAAGACGGUCAACCCCUACAAUGAUUGCCCAAUAGCAUCAAGCAAGGGGUCUUC